GAACAGUGCCGCUUUCGAACAGUUGAAUGCGUAUUGUAACUGUUUGGCGGCGAAUUUUGUCGCGUUACGCGACGUUGCCAAUUCGCGUCUACGGGGAUCAAGAGGUUACCGCCAGGAAUCCAGCUCUGAUUCUAUCGAACAAAAAAGCCAUGUCUGCCCCGAAUAGUAAUGACGAGACGAAGCAGGGUGAAAUGAACCUUGUCAUUUGAGACACAGAGUCCAUUCCGGAGCGCAGGACGGAGGACAGUAUGCUGAAGGAGCGAGACAGCUCCGAGGGGUCUCCUGGCACCCCAGACGAGUGCGCGGGGUGCGGGGGGAGGAUACAGGACAGGUACUAUCUGCUCGCGGUGGACCGGCAAUGGCACGGCUCCUGCCUCCGCUGCUGCGAGUGCCGGCUACCCCUGGACAGCGAGCUGACAUGCUUCUCCCGUGACGGCAACAUUUACUGUAAGGAGGACUACUACAGAUUGUUCUGCGUGAAGCGCUGCGCGAGGUGCGGGAAUGGUAUCACGGCGAACGAGCUGGUAAUGAGAGCGCGUGACAUGGUGUACCAUCUUACGUGCUUCACGUGCAUCGCCUGCGGGACGCUGCUGUCCAAGGGCGACGUGUUCGGAAUGAGGGACGGCAUGGUGUACUGCAGGCCGCAUUACGAUAACGCGUGCUUAGAUGAAUACUGCGAGGAUGAUGUUUACAGGUGCCAAGAUUUACACAGCGAAGGAGACUCUCCGAAUCAAUACUACACUGGAAGCUCAAGCAAAGGACGGCCGAGGAAAAGGAAGGUGCCACAAGGGUCUCCUGAUGACAUGCAGGUCCAGACUAUGAGGAUGGCCAGCACAGCCUUAGAGAUUCUUCACCGGGGUGAUCUAUCUUCUUCAAUGGAGUCUCUGGCCUAUGACUCUUCUGUGGCGUCUCCUGGCAGCGUGUCUUCUCACACUCAGCGCACCAAGAGAAUGAGGACCAGCUUCAAGCACCAUCAGCUGAGGACCAUGAAGUCCUACUUCGCCAUCAACCAAAAUCCAGAUGCAAAAGACCUUAAGCAACUGGCACAGAAGACGGGUCUUUCGAAACGGGUGUUGCAGGUUUGGUUCCAAAACGCUCGAGCAAAAUGGCGACGCAACAUAAUGCGACAGGAGUCAGGACAGCACGGACCACUCACGCCGAACGGAAACCACACCACCAACGGUAGCCUGGUGCCUGGUGGUCCACCUCCCAGCGUGGGACCCUCUAUCAUGAUGUCAGACACGCUCCAGCCGAUAGAGGAUCUGAGGGUCCACACCCCCCAUCCAAUGACCUUCAACGAAAUGUACUGACAAACGGACGAAGUAGAAUUGCAGGAGAUUUAAUUUUCUCUUUCUCUUGCGCCAAUCGAGAGUUAUAAUAUUAUAUCUAUGUCUUUCUUUGUACCUUUGUAUGAAAGGAAUGGUAUGACACUUUUACAGCAGUAACGGACAGGCGUAUUAUUUUUGUUAAUGAUUUAGUUAGUAUAUUUGUUUUAAACAAUUAUUCUGAUCUCUAGCGACUUAAGGGACUGUCCGCACUGCGAAUUUUAACCGCGAGGGUUUUAUUCGCGCGAAUUUAUUCAUAUAUUUUUUCUCAUCUGCAGUGCGGAUACUCUCAUAAGAUUCAAUGUGUUACAAAAACGCAAAAAAAAUUUACGCGGUUAAAAUUUGCAGUGCGAACAGGCAUUAAAAGUUGUAACAAAUAAAAUUAAGUUAAGUACUUAUAAAAAAUUUGUACCAGUCAGAAUUUCGUGGUCAAUAUGUCCCUAGGGGCCUGUCCGCACUGCGAAUUUAAACAGCGCGAUAUUGAGGUUAUAACUUAA